CACGAUGAACACCCGAGAGAGAGAGAGAGAGAGAGUGAGAAGAACCCUAGCUCUUUCAAUUCAGAGAGAGAGGGAGAGAGGAUGUCUCGAAGGGAAGAAGGUCGGGAUUCUCACCAUCAGAGCAAACGCCUGCCAUCAAGGGUCGAAAAAGAAACCAGUCCAAAGAGACCAAGGAGAGAUGGGAAACCAGCUACAGAGAGAAUAUCUUCCAACAACCAUAAUGUUGAGAUUGCGAGUCCAGCAAGUGCUGAUCAAAAGCAUCGUAGGCGGUUACAAGAUGCUUUGCCCCUAGAGGCUCCACUAGCGCCUGACUCUAAGACAAGGCCUGAUGUAGACAACAAAGGAUCAGAAAAGAAGACUGAAGAACCACCAGAUGCCACCAAGCGAUCUUCCAACCCGACUGAAGUACCCCGCUCUCGAUCUUAUUUCCAGCACGAUGAGCGUAGCAGUGCUGGGCAAGGUGGUCGAAGCUUCAGUCGCAGGGCUACUGAGCGCAGCAGGUGGAGUGACCCGAAGGACCGAUCCAGUGAUAGAACGAGAGACAAAAUCGUGGCCCACGAUAUGCAGAAAGGUGAUGAGAGGACCCAAGCUCAGGCAGACAAUAGCAGUGCUUGGCGCCAUGAUGGGUUCUUUGAAUUGGAGUCAGAAGCACCUCCUUCAAGGAAAAGGCCCGCUUUUAGGGAAAAGAAGAUCCCAGCCGAGCCAGGAAAUCCUGCAGGUGCAGCUGCAACAGAAUCUGUCAAGCAAACCCGCUUUGACCGGCCUACAUUCAAUAACAUAAAAAGGGAGGAACGAGGGGGCCAUACCCCACAUGGGUCGGACAAGCCUGAGAAGCCACUCAUAGAAACGGAUGAAAAAAAUGCAAGAACAGAAGACCGGGCCCCACCUAGGGGAGAAAUGCCAAGGGGUGGGUUUCCAUCAAGAGAGAGGUUUGGCAGUGGUGGCAGCUUCAGGGGAAGAGACAGGUUUGGUGGGAGGUAUGGUGAAAGGAAUCAACACCGUCAGGGUGCAGUCCGUGUGGAGAAGUGGAAGCACGAUCUCUUCGAUGAGGCGAACAGGAGCCCCACCCCGAAGAACGAAGAGGAUCAGAUUGCAAAGGUUGAAGCUCUCUUAGCUACGUAGCAGUUGCUUGUUGUGGGACUAGGUUGAACAGUAGUGUUGUUUUCCUAUGGCUGCUGAUAUUUUGGUUUUGGAAAAAUGAUCACAUACAUGGAUUGUAUGUGAACUUCCACAUACAGCAUUGUCUUUCCCGUCAUCAUUUCAUGUGUUUAGGACAUCCGGUCAUACCAUGAAGAUUACCUGCCAUGGAAAUAAGGCUGGUCUGCACCAGCGGGUCAUCAUGAUGUGGUCCACCUUUUCAAUGCUCAGAUUGUCUAAAAAUAUGACAUGUUGACGGGUAAGACGGGCUAAACCUGAAAGUUCAAAUACGGUGCCUGCGUGUGAUCAUUUGCAGCUUGUUUUUUUGUUUUUGUUUUUCUGUUAAAAUAUUUUCGACUCGUGUUUCUCUGCAAUCUCCCAUUCUCUUGAGAUUGUCUGACUUAUAAAUGACUUUAUAUUAGUUAGGAGGAAUAAAAAGUUUUGAUGCAUCA